UUUCCUCCCCUGGAGACUCUGAGUCAGCAGCUUUUGGGUGGGACACAGGAAUCUGUGAUAUUAACAAAGAGCCCCAUGUGAUCAUUUUAAAAUUUUUAAUUGGAGGAUGAUUACUUUACAACGUUUUGUUGGUUUCUGCCAUACAACAAAGCGAAUCAAUAAUAACUAUAUACAUUUCCCCUCCCUCUUGAGUCUCCCUCCUGCUCCCCCAUCCCAUCCCUUUGGGUCAUCAGAGUGUCAGGCAGGGCUCCCUGUGUCAUAUAGCAGUUCCCCACUAUUUUACACAUGGUAGUGUAAAUAUGUCAAUGCUACUUUCGCAAUAGUCCCACCCUCUCCUGUUGCUGUGUGCUCAAGUCCAUUCUCGACAUUUGUGUCUUCAUUCCCUCCCUGAAGAUAGGUUCAUCAGUACCAGCUGUGAAUGUUUUGAUCAAGGAAGUUAGGGAAACCACUACUCUGAUGAACAAUAUUUCAGACACCUGUAACAGGGAAUGAAGAUUAGUCCUCAAGAAACAUCAUUAACACAUAAAGACAUAAAAAGCAACACAUAAAUAAAUAAUUGUAAAUGCUACCCCACUAACUUGUACAGAAUUUGAGCAUUAUCACCUGUCAUGGAAUGUGGUCUGCAGACAUCAAGGUGUCUCAGUCUGGUCCUGGCCCUGACACCCAGUUGUUAAAGCUUGAGCAAGUUGUUUUCCUCAGUCUCCCCACCUAUAAACUCCCAGUUCCUACACAGUAUGACAUUCUUAUUUAGAUCACUAUUCCUUUUGACCCAGAAUUUCUACUUCUAGUAAUCUAUCCUGAGAGGUAACCAGGGAAAUGUACAAGUCCAGCAGAUUGUUUAUAAUAAUGAAAACAGCUAAAUAAUGAGAACAGCUAAACAUUGAUUUAUCUAGGCAUUGAAUACUAUGCAACAUUAAAAAUGGUAAUAGAGAUCUUUAUGUUUGAUAUGGAAAAUGUCCAUGACAUAUAAAGUAGUAAAAGCAGGUUACAAACAUAACUUAAACUUCAAUCCCAGGUUGCUAUUGUUUUUUUAAGUGCUAUGUUUGUAGAAAAAGACCAUAGAGUUACACACCUAAGUACCAGGAGUGGAUGAUUUUUUCCUUUCUCUAUAUCCUUCUGUAAUUGUCUGUAUUUUUUGAAGUAAAUUUAAAAUCUAUACUUGGAGGAAAAUUAUGUUUCAUCCCUUUUGAAAAGGUACUUCUUCAUGCACAUUGCCAGGGUGAUAUCUACAAUAACCAGGAGACCAGAAGUAACUUACAGGAAAGGUUUGCAAUUUAAAGACAGUGUAAACAAGACAUGGUCUUUCUUCCAAAAAAAUCCCACCCCACUUUCACUCUACAUUUGAGUUGUAAAGAGUUUGUCCAAAAGAUCCUAAAAAUGCGCCAAUUCAUUCACCUGAGCCCAUUUCAAGGAACUAAAUUGACUGCAGAGCAGCUGGUGGGAAACCAAGGCAAGUGUCAGGAAGGGCAAAACUCUCCUUAUUUUAGGCCUUCUGGAAAGGCUCUUCUUCCCAAAUCCCUUCCUCUCAGCUGGGAGGGCUAGAGAAGAUUCAGGUGACUCCAAUGGGGAGAGGGCGGGGACCAGCCCUGCUUCCUGCUAUAAAAGCCGGCGCAGCAUGCCCUUCUGCCUGGUUGAUUGGGUGGUAUCUUCGGUCAUGGCAUGCAGGCAGAGAGGAGACAGCAGGAGACCCUCAAGCUGGUUCCAUGCAGACUGGAGGUCAUUUUUUCUAUUCUUCGCCCUUUUGACUUCGGUGAACUCAAUAGAUGUUAAUCAACUGGUGGAUCCUGCCUUCCCAGGUACUGUUACUUGCUAUGAAGAUAGAAUGGUAGUAGAGUUUAAAAGAACUCUUGGCAACAAGAUUCAGCAUGCAUCUGUGGUGGAUUCCCUUGGUCUUAAAAUGCUGAACUGCACUUAUGUUCUGGACCCAGAAAAGCUCACCCUGAAGGCCCCAUAUGAAAGCUGUACCAAAAGAGUGCUUGGCCAGCACCAGAUGACCAUCACAUUCAUGAAUGACAAUGCUGCCUUUAGACAAGGGAAUGUCCUGUAUCACGUCAGCUGUCCGCUUAUGCAAGCAGGAAGACAUGAACAGCAUUCGGGAUCCACAAUCUGCUCGAAGGAUUUCAUGUCUUUUACCUUUCACUUUUUUCCUGGCAUGGCUGACGACACUGAGGGUCCCAGACCUGAGAUGGGAUGGACCAUUACAGUUGGUGAUGGUGAAAGAGCCCAAAAUCUGACCCUUCCAGAGGCUCUAACACAAGGGUAUAAUAUCCUGAUUGAGAACCAGAAGAUGAGCAUCCAAGUGUUAUUUCAUGCCACUGGAGUGACUCGCUACUCGCAAGGUAACAGCCAUCUCUACAUGGUGCCUCUGAAGCUUACACAUGUAUCUCCUGGGCAGACGAUUAUCUUGUCAUCACGACUCAUUUGUGUUUCAGAUCCUGUGACCUGUAAUGCCACACACAUGACUCUCACCAUACCAGAAUUUCCUGGGAAGUUAAAAUCCAUGAGCUUUGAAAAUAAGAAUAUUGCUGUCAACCAGUUGCACAACAGCGGGAUUGUUAUGGAAAUAGCAAAUGGCCUCAGGUUGCAUUUCAGCAAAACUCUCCUCAAAACAAAAUUCUCUGAAAAAUGCCUACCCUAUCAGUUCUACUUAUCUUCACUCAAGCUGACAUUUUAUACUCAACUGGAGACGGUAUCCAUGGUGAUUUAUCCUGAGUGUGUCUGCGAGUCAACAGUUUCUAUAGUUUCAGGUGAGCUAUGUACUCAAGAUGGGUUUAUGGAUGUCGAGGUCUACCGCCAUCAAACAAAACCAGCUCUCAACUUGGACACCAUUAGAGUGGGAGAUUCCUCCUGCCAGCCAACCUUUACAGCUCCAUUUCAAGGACUGGUAAAGUUUCACAUACCCCUGAAUGGAUGUGGAACAAGACAUAAGUUUGAGAAUGACAAAGUCAUCUAUGAAAAUGAAAUACAUGCUCUCUGGGCGGAUCUUCCUCCAAGCACAAUUUCCAGAGAUAGUGAGUUCAGAAUGACGGUGAGGUGCUAUUAUAGCAGCAGUAACAUGCUAAUAAAUACCAACGUCGAAAGCCUUCCUCCUCCCGUAGCCUCAGUGAAGCCAGGUCCACUUGCCUUGACCCUGCAAACCUACCCAGAUAAUUCCUACCUGCGACCGUAUGGGGACAAGGACUACCCUGUGGUGAGAUACCUCCGCCAACCAAUUUACUUAGAAGUGAGAGUCCUAAACAGGACUGACCCCAACAUCAAGUUGGUCUUAGAUGAUUGCUGGGCAACAUCCACCAAGGACCCAGCCUCUCUCCCUCAGUGGAAUAUUAUCGUGGAUGGCUGUGAAUACAACCUGGACAACCACAGAACCACCUUCCAUCCAGUUGGCUCCUCGGUGACCUAUCCUAAUCACUAUCAGAGGUUUGAUGUGAAGACCUUUGCCUUUGUGUCAGAGGCCCCGGUGUUCCCUCACUUGGUCUACUUCCACUGCAGCGCCUUAAUCUGCAAUCAGCUUUCUUCUAACCUCCCCCUGUGUUCUGCCUCUUGCCUUGUGUCAUCCAGAAGCAGGCGAGCCACAGGGGCCACUGAGGAAGAGAAGAUGAUAGUGAGUCUCCCAGGCCCCAUCCUCCUGUUGUCAGAUGGCUCUUCAUUCAGAGAUGCUGUGGGUUCUAAAGGGCAUGGGACUCCUGGAUAUGUUGCUUUUAAAACUAUGGUUGCUGUAGUUGCCUUAGCAGGUGUUGUGGCAACUCUAAGCCUAAUCAGCUACCUGCGCAAGAAAAGAAUCACAAUGCUAAACCACUAAUUGUACUUUCAAAUAAAAUGUGGAAGUAAGCCUCUUGCUUCUUAAGUUUAGAUGGAGUUCAAGGACUCUUUCUUGCAAUCAUUCUUCUUUAGAGACUAUAGUACCUUUCCACAGUCCUUUUGAAAGGCUUUGUUCUGUGUGGAUGUGAAUAAGGGUAUUCCUGACUUAAUUCCUUCCUGUCACCAGCUUUUUCUGCCCUCUACCCCCAAAACUGGCAGUGCCAGAGAAUUCAAUAAUGGGACUUAGUGACAGUCCACCUCUAGGGGUACAUCUAGGUGACUUUAAUGUCUUUUACCCUCUCCAUUCAUAUAUACAAGAUGAGGGCAAGUCACUCCUAAUCAUUCCAAUGAGUAGACAACUUCCUUGAGAACGUAAGGGAUUCAGUUAUUCUCCCAUGCAUUCCCAAUCUAAUUAAAGACCUGCACUCUCUUUGGGAGAUGGAAAGGAAGAUUCUAGCUUCAUUAAGAGCAAUUACAACAUUCCUGGUCUCAUUAAAACUAAACAGUUCAACAUGAGCCUCAUAGCUGAGCCUGGAGAGCUGCUUUCCCACUACCCAGUACUCAAUUAUUACUUCCUCCUAAGGCUACCCCCUCUUA